CGACGCCGCGUCAUCUGUCGGCCGUGGCGCCGUCAUCGACGGGGUCACGGCGGGCGCAAACAAUUUCUAGAACGUUUCUCGAACAGCGGAGCGAAUACUAACCUCGCGGGUUGAAAUCUGGCGACUACUUUUCGUGGUUUACUUCGACACGGUUUUCGGGAGAAAAUGGCCAAGUGGGGCGAGGGCGAUCCGCGCUGGAUCGUCGAGGAAAGGCCGGACGCGACCAACGUCAACAACUGGCACUGGACGGAGAAAAACGCGGGGCCCUGGUCUCGCGAUCAGAUCGCGCUCCUGUUCCACGACGUGCCCUUAAAAUCGGACUUCGCGGACGUCGCGAUCGCGGGGGUCGAGCAGUGCGAGGGCGAGGCCUCCGCGAACAACCGCAAAGGCAAGCUCAUCUUCUUCUAUGAGUGGGACAUUGUCUUAAACUGGCACGGAAAACUGAAGGGGGGCAGCGGUCGCGAGUUCAAGGGGAAAAUCAAAAUCCCAAACCUGUCCGAGGAAAACGACAUGUCGGAUUUGGACAUUCAAAUAUCGGUACUGGAUAGCGACGACGAGGGCGACAAACUCAGGCAGGUCAUGCUGAAAGAGGGCAAAGUCGCGGUGAGGGAACGGCUCGGCGAGUACGUGAAGAAUUUGAAAAACGAGUUCUCGAAGGGCAUGAUCCUGCCCAUGAAAGACCAAGUGAAGCCGGACAGUGUGAGGAAUUUGGCGAGCGGCUUCAACAAGAAAGUGAACGUGGCGCCCGUCGCGGCGCCGGAAAUCAAAAACGCGAACUCAAAAAUCGAAACGACGAGCCUAACCCAGACGCACCGGUUCCAAUGCACCGCCGAGGACUUCUACAACGCCCUGACGAAGGUCGAAAUGGUGACCGCCUUCACUAGGGGAGCUGUGAGGCUCGAGCCGUGCCGAGGGGGACGAUUCGAACUGUUCGGCGGUAACAUUGUAGGGUGGUUCGAGGAGCUCGUGGCCAAUGAGAAAAUCGUGCAACGUUGGCGGUACAAACAGUGGCCCGAAGGGCACUACUCCACUGUGGUGUUGAAAAUCGAACAAAAGGCGGACCACACGGAGGUAACGCUAGAACAAAAGGGAGUACCGGUGGGAGAGGCGGACGUCACCAGGUCCAACUGGGACCGGUACUACUGGGACGCCAUGAAGCAGGCUUUCGGGUUCGGGGCCUUUUUCGCGGACCUAUAGCGGCUUUGCCGGUCGGCCGAGUGUAAAAUUCGUUGAUUUGUAUUUAUUUUCUUUAUCCUCGCUUUGGUAAUAAACUCUCGUCUUG